GAUCGGAGGUUCUCGCUAGUGCAGUGUUUGUGUGGACGGAGAGUGAUGUGAUUAUUUUAGUUUAUCCGAACGUAUUGUGCGAUUCGGUUAGAAUUUAUUUGUAUAGCAACUUUACAGUGGGAUGGAAUGGACUUGAUUUUCAACUCCAACAUUCCUAUUUUAUGAUUGAACAAAUAUUGUGAGAGGCUGGAGUCAUCCAACCUGCUGGAAUGGAGCCAUCAUCUGGCAGUCACUGGCACUAUUUCUGGCAUUCCCUGUUAUUACUGGAUAGGCUUUGAUAUAUCAAAAAUUUCAACAACUUCACUGACUCUAAGAAAGGUGCAUUUCAAAAUGAAGCAAUGUCAUUUACUAUGUGUACUCUCAUGUGUAUUGGUCAUGGACUGUGCGUGUCAGUGUGUGACUGUGUGACUGCAGUACAGUGAUGGGAAUGUGAAGUGAUGAAGAUUGGAGAACUAUGGAGAACACACUGGUGUUUAAGAACGGUGGAGUGUUCGAGCCCAGUAUGCCUACCAUCAACUGCCAGACUUGCCGUGUUCGCAGGCUGCGCCGACUCAUGUGUGCCUCUCUGCCGCAACACCACACUGACAACUGUGAGCUCAAGAAACUGUCGGAAGAGAGUCUCACCAGGCAACCAGAAGAAGUUUUUGACAUCAUUUGUAAACUUGGAGAAGGAUCGUACGGCAGCGUGUACAAGGCUUUACACAAGGAGUCCGGUCAGGUGUUGGCCAUCAAGCAGGUUCCGGUGGACACAGACUUGCAAGAGAUCAUCAAAGAGAUCUCUAUCAUGCAGCAGUGCGACAGUCCUUAUGUCGUUAAAUACUACGGCUCCUACUUCAAGAAUACAGAUCUUUGGAUUGUAAUGGAAUACUGCGGUGCUGGCUCUGUCUCUGACAUCAUGAGGUUAAGAAAGAAAACUCUGACGGAAGACGAGAUUGCGACGAUACUGUGCGACACGUUGAAAGGUCUAGAGUACCUCCACCUGAGACGGAAGAUCCACAGAGACAUCAAGGCCGGGAACAUCCUGCUCAACACAGAGGGUCAUGCGAAGCUAGCAGAUUUUGGGGUUGCAGGCCAGUUGACGGACACUAUGGCAAAACGAAACACUGUGAUAGGAACACCUUUCUGGAUGGCACCAGAAGUUAUCCAGGAAAUUGGAUACGAUUGUGUCGCUGACAUGUGGAGUCUAGGUAUCACGGCACUGGAGAUGGCUGAGGGUAAACCACCCUAUGGGGACAUCCACCCCAUGAGGGCCAUCUUCAUGAUCCCCACAAAGCCACCACCCUCCUUCAGGGAACCUGACCAGUGGUCCUCGGAGUUCAUCGACUUUGUGAGCCGCUGCCUCGUCAAGAACCCUGAGGAAAGAGCGACUGCCAGCGAGAUGUUACAUCAUGAGUUUAUAGGAAACGCCAAACCACCAACAAUACUUGGCCAGAUGAUUGCAGAAGCAAGGGAGAUAAGAGAGAACCAAGGAUGCAGGAACAACGCCAGCAAUGCCGCCAUGGCCAAGCAAACCCACAUGGAGUCGGACGAGGAGGAAGUGAACAGUAAGACAAUGGUGAACUACAGUGAGGUGGACAGUGGCACUCUGGUACCAGACAGGACACAUAACACCUCCCAGCUGACAGAGGAACUAGGCACCAUGGUCAUAAACAGUGACCCUGAGGACGAGUCCACCAUGAAGAGGCAUGACACUGGGCCUGGUGAGUCGGGCAAGAAGUACAGACCUCUUUUUCUUGACCAUUUUGAUAAAAAGGAAGUUGAAAGUAUAAAGGGCAGUGGAGCUGUGCCUGUGACGAAUGUCCCCAACCAUCUGACUGCUGCCGAUCACAACUCCAAUGUACAAAACACCCAACAAAAUAAUCAGAACCUGGAGGGAGUGGAUGAGCGGCAGAGGGUGCUGGUGGCUAUUGGAGGGGGUAACAGCAUCAUGCUACCGACCCAGGAGAAUCAGGCCAAGUUCCACGCAGCGUUUGUCGACAGAGACUUUGAGUUUCUAAGGUUCCUGAGCUACGAUGAGCUGCAGCAACGUAUGACGAGUCUGGAUUCGGAAAUGGAGCGAGAGAUUGACGAGCUGCGUCGCCGUUACCAGACUAAGCGGCAGCCCAUCCUCGACGCCAUGGACCAGAAACGCAAACGACAACAGAACUUUUAAACUGAAAUGUUACCAGUCUUCCCCCUCGAAUAUAUCAGAAGGCGUGUUCUAUUUUCAAGUGAGAUUUUCAACGUACCAUAAAACCUGUUUUUGUAGUGGUUAUAAAAGUGAAAAAUCUUCCAUGUGCGUGACUUAAUCGCCGUAACCUCGCCUAACCUCCCCUGUCUCAAGGUUAUAGUGUAUAUAUAGAUUAGGUUGGUUAGGCCGGGUUAGGUCGUUAAAACGUUUUAAGCACACUUAAAUUUGAAAAUACAAUAAGUUCUUUAACUUCUUCUAAAAAUAUUUAAAAUGUUUUUUGUUGAAGUAAAAAAAAAACACUGCAAUUGAGUGUUGAAAAUCUCGGCUUGUAAAUAAAACACGAUAAACCAUUUCAAUAAGUGUUAUGGGAAUAUUUGAUCUGCCUGUAAGAAAUCAAAAGAUCGUGUAGUUGGUAGUAUGAGACUACGUUACGUGCCAGCCCACACUCGAGUUUUGUGUAUUUUAACAGCAUAGUGCCGGUAGUAUUAAUAAUUAAUUGUGUUGACUUUGACAAUAUGAUAUCUGAAUCCUUCUCUUCUGUACAGUGUUUAGGUGCGAGUGUUUGCAUGAAAUUUAGGUCAUUCGUUUUACAUCUAUCUACAUCUUUUAACUAAAUAUAGGACACGAGUUAGUUUCCAAAUUUGGCCAUUACAGGAUCUAAUGGUCUUGAAUUUUUGUUGCGGCUUCAAAUUAAAUAAAAUAACCAUGUACUUUUAGUCGUCAGUAGUUCGUCAUAGUAAUACAUAUGACAUAAGUAUUUUUUAUUUAAGAAUUAUGAUUUUCAUUGUAAAACAUGAGCAAACCGAUCUAUUUGAAAAUUUCUCUAAAAUGUGAUUCGUGAUAAAUAAGGAACAAUGCCUUCAUGAAGAAAGAAAUAUUUUUAGCUCCAAUAGUUUUAAUAUGAAUGUUACACUGAAGUCGGUGAACUGCAUAUUUUUCUAUACACUGGAAUAAUUAAUAAAGUAGCAGCAGGAAAUUAAGUAAGUAGAUUUUGUAAUAAAGCAUUUACAGUAUUAAAAAACAUAUUUUUCAUACUAAUUAAUGAGGGAAAGUUAAGAAUACGCUGUGUGACUAAUAUAUUGUUUGGUUUUAUUUAUAUCGUUUGGUUGUCCGUUCUUUAUUUUAUGUAAUUUAUAGGCUGGUGUUUAUCCUGUGUUUACAGUUAUUCGAUUAUUAUUGUUAUUAUAUUUUGUGUAUGUUUUAUUUUUAUUGAGAUGUUUCAAUAAGUUGAUUUUUAUAUACUCUAUCUUGUAUGCAUUUGACUCUUGGUACGUGAUGUUAUGUUUUGCAUUAUUUUUAUGUUGAGUGUAUGUUUACGGUGUAUUGGAAUUUAUAUGGACAUAUUAAAGGUUUAUGAACUAUUUAAACAUUUCCAAAAUUUCUUGACAAUAAUAGUUUUUUAUACCGUUUUAGUAUACGUGAAGAAUUCAAAAUGUAUUAUUAAAAGAAAUUGUACAUUUAGGCGAAUAUUUUCUAAAAUUGGUAAACAAAAUAAUGAUUGAAUUCUAUGAAAUCUUAUGAAGAAUGUUAUUAAUAAAUACACGAAAAUAAUUUUCUAAGCAUACUUAGAACAUAGAGAGUUAGAGUUUGGCUUUUGCAUGUUCUUAUUCAAUUUUUUGUAGUCUUGUUACAUUUCCUUAUCCACAUUUUGGCUUCAAUUUGGAUUUUGCUUUUUGUUCAUCCAAAAACACAAAAGGUAUUUGUGGCAAAUGAUGCUCUGCUCAGAUCCCCAUGGUAACUCUAGGAUAACCAUGCGUUUUCAUGGUCUUUAACCCUACAUUCGCAGUAAUAAUAUUCACUAUUGUCACUCAGUAUGAUUGUGGAAGAUCUACAGGACUUGAUUGUUACAGUUUAAACUAUGCACAUACUAUAGAAGUAUGUUGAAACGUCACAUGAACGUUAUGAAAAAUGUUUUAGGUUACAAUUUCAGGUUAAAAUUUGUUAACUACUUGUUUUAUUGUUUUUGUAGUUUAUGUAAUACUCUUACAGUAAGCUGAUACUUUACAUUUUAUACAUACUUUAUGUCGAAAUCUCUAAGUUUAUUAAGUUACGAUGAACUACAAAACAUUAUAGUGAGGAGACAUUCAAAAUAUGAUUGUAGGGUUAAAAUUAUAUACAAAAAAAGUCCUGGAACGGUUAACUAUUUUAGAAACUAUUUCAGAUAAUAACUUGGUAGAGACUUAAUGAACAUAAAAAUCUAAUUUAACACGUAUCCAGUGACUCGCUACUUCCUCAGGGAGGCGGCCCAGAAGGAGUCAGGAGAAAAACUUAAAUGUGAGCAUAGAUCGGUGUGUAAGUUACAAUUAAGAUCUGUAUUAGUAGAGUACAAUGACACAAACCUAACCUCAAAUGGACCACUGAGCCAGAAAUGGCAGCCGUUCAGCGAUGGCUUGAAUUUACAAUUAUUACGAGAGUAAACGUAACCAAGGUCAUGGUAGUUUUCUUAAUUUAUUCAUAAUACUGAAUCACACUACAGUGGCAUAAUCUAGGGAUGAAAUGGCAAGGGUUCAAGCACUACUAGUUUAUUAUUUAGAGUGCUUAAUUGAAAAUUCAAUCCAUCUGUGAAUGGCGGGCUAUAUUACACUGGACCUAAAAUAUCAGGCUUUCAUAUUUUUCCAAAACUUGAGAAAUUUCUUGAUUUGAAGUACAGUAAACUUCCGUUCAUCCGGCACGGUCCGGACCUGGGGCAUUCCGACUUAUAAAACACACCAGAUUAGUAUCAGAGAAAUAAUGUAGACACAAUCAAUAAACAAAGAGUCACAGUAAAACACGUUUUUAUUAUUCAAAUAUAACCUUAGGUAGUUCUUGUUAUACGUGGAUCUAUAGAUAACACCCUCUCUAGAGGCUGUUCAAAAUGUUUUUUUUCCAAAGAGCGUACUGGAUUACCAAGUGUGCCGAAUUAAUGGAAUUUUACUGUAUUUGGGAAAUAUUGUGGUUUAUUGAAUGACACUGUUAUUAUUGUCUUGUUAAAUGGAAAGGUGACAGAGUUCUUUAGUAACAGUGUCUGAAUAAUGUUUGUUUUCAUUUCGUAUGAAAGUUUCUCUCAUAAACGAGCUUCUUCUGUUAAGUUGUUACAGGUAAGUUAGAGUCCAUGUGUCAGAUUGUAAACCAAGAAUAUAAGUUUGCGUUUUCUGCCCUUAAAUAUUAAAAUUUGUUUAAAUCAAUAGAAACUUUUAGGAAAGUAAGUCUAUAAAGUUCACAUUCUUGUAAGUUGUUCAUCAUUAGUAAGUAACCGAAUAAUUUUGCUUCAUAAGAAAAGAGUCAAAAUAAAAAUAUAAUCAUACCACAGUGUUUUACAGUUUAAAAUUAAACAUGUUGGUCCAUCACUGUUGUUUUUUCCGCAGAAAUGUAAAACAAAUUUUAUUUUCUCAGUAGUAAAUUCAUUUAUGUAAAAUUUUAGUUCCUAAAUUUAACACCCUAUAUGGAUACUGAUCUCAAGUUAUUAUUUUAUUGUUGCAUUUUUUGAGCAUAAAUACAGAGUAAUUAACAAAAAAUUGCUUGUAAGUAAAAUGUUGGAUGCUACUGUAUAAAAUACAUUCACACCAAGGGGUGCAAUGUGUGUAAACCAAUUUAAAUUGCAUUAAGUUCACAUCUCCCAUCGUUUAAUUUUCAUAUUAAAAAUAAUAAUAAAAUACAAUUUAGCUAAUUUUUUGUUUUAUGUAUCUUCGGAGAGUGUAAAUUGUUUCGUAAGUACGUUGUCUGAUAUUGGUUUAUUGUAUAUUUUCUUGUAUUUAUAGUUUCUCUUCUGAGGUGUGACUGCAGAUAAAAACUGUAACACUAAGAAGACAGAUAUUUAGUGCUCUACAAUAUGUAUUGGUCGAGUAAUGGGUUUAAAUUUGAACUACGUGAGUGUUGAAUGAAUAUUUGGGUAUCAUCGGAGAGCAUUUUUUAAAAUAUAUUGUAAUUUUUAGAUCAAGUAUGAAGAUUGUAUAAGACAUUUGUGUUUGUAAAAGUUGGUUUUGCAAUUAAAUAUUUUCCACAAUUUUAUCCAGAUAUUGACUGUGACAUCAACGUAAUAUAACAAAAAUUACGAUGAAACAAUAAAAAAGUAUACAAAAAUUAGGCCUUCUUUUAUAAUUCAACUGGUUUUGAUGGUAACAUGACAAUCAGGAGUAUUUGGAUAUAUUUAGUCUUUAGGAGUUCUUUUAGUAAAAUUAAAUCUAAAUCCUGCAUGUAUCGAUUGACAUGAUGUAAUUUACUGUAUUGUAGUGAAAGAUGGAGUUGUGCGUGUUUUUACAUUUAAAAGUUUGUUUCCUUCAUGUUUUAUUUUGCUGUAGUUCCUAUGCAAUUUAUUAUUUUGUUAGAAGUGUAAUGUUGGUAGAGCUUACGAUGUAAUGUUUAUUUGUGCUACAGAUCAGUUGAUUAUCGUCUAAAGGUUUAUCUCAGGUGACAAGACUCCGGUGCCCAGUAUAUAGACUCAGUCGCACUUUGUAUAUAGCUCCACUUGUAAAUUGUACAUAUUAUUUAGAUUAACAAUAAGAUAAGACUGGGAAACCAAUGUUAGCUUUAUUUUUUAAUACCAUCGAGAGCGUGAAGUGAUCGUUGUUGUUGGUAAUACGUUUUAAGCAAAUAUAGAAAAACUUUAUGGGAGAUCUCGGGAACCUUUAUGUGAAACCUCGUUGUUGCCAUAUCGUUUGCACGAAUCAAACCUCGUUUAUCUUUAGAGAUCAUUUCGAUUUGUGAUAUGUUCAUUUGUACUUUAUUAGCGAUACGAUAGUUUUGUACAAAAUAUUAAAUAAUUUUAUUUAAUCUUAGUUUAGAUACUGAAUGUUUAAAAUUUAAUAUUCUGUUAUUUAUUGCUAGUAUUUUGUCUAGGUUAUUUUUCGAGUCGUUGAUUUUUAAUCAAUUACUUGGUCGUUGUUUGAAAUCAGAUUUGCCUUUGUAUCGUUGCUGUUUAAUAAUUUUGUAAUAAUAAAUUGAUCACCUCAUA